CCUACUGCCCAUUUGCCACCCAACCCUACUACCCCCUUCUUCUCUCUCCCCUCUCGUCCUCGUCCGCUUCCAGAUUCAGAUCCACCCAUCGUCGUCGUCCAUGCCGCUCGCCUCCUUUUCUCCACUGUCGUAAGCCCUCCUCCUCCUCCUCCUCCCACGCCGCCGCCGCCGGUGCCCCCACUCGCCGCCGUGCGCGCGUCCCGUAGUUCGCCCCACCAGCGGCCGCCAUGGCGCAGCCGCUCGUCGUGAAGAAGGACGACGAUCUCGACGAGGAAGAGUACUACUCGCCGUUCCUCGGGAUCGAGAAGGGCGCCGUCCUGCAGGAGGCCCGCGUCUUCCACGACCCGCAGCUCGACGCGCGCCGUUGCUGCCAGGUCAUCACCAAGCUCCUAUACCUGCUCAACCAGGGUGACACCUUCACCAAGGUGGAGGCCACAGAGGUCUUUUUUGCGACGACCAAGUUGUUUCAAUCCAAGGAUGCAGGCCUUAGGAGAAUGGUGUACCUCAUGAUCAAGGAACUCUCCCCAUCAGCAGAUGAGGUUAUCAUCGUGACCAGCUCGUUGAUGAAGGACAUGAAUAGCAAGACUGAUAUGUAUCGAGCUAAUGCAAUAAGAGUUCUUUGCCGCAUCAUUGACUCAACACUUCUAACCCAAAUUGAAAGAUAUUUGAAGCAAGCCAUUGUUGACAAGAACCCUGUUGUUGCAAGCGCGGCCCUUGUUAGUGGCAUCUACUUGCUUCAGACAAGUCCAGAAGUUGUGAAAAGGUGGAGCAAUGAAGUUCAGGAGGCUGUACAGUCGAGAGCUGCUCUUGUUCAAUUUCAUGCCCUUGCUCUUCUUCACCAGAUUAGGCAAAAUGACCGGUUGGCUGUCAGCAAGCUUGUCACUAGUCUAACUAGGGGUUCUGUUCGCUCACCUCUGGCACAGUGCCUACUUAUUCGGUACACUAGCCAGGUGAUUAGAGAGUCAAGCAUGAAUAGUCAAGGUGGAGAUCGCCCUUUCUUUGAUUUCCUGGAGUCAUGUCUCCGGAAUAAAGCAGAAAUGGUCAUACUUGAGGCUGCAAGAGCGAUAACUGAAUUAAAUGGCGUCACCAGCCGGGAGCUUACACCUGCAAUUACCGUGCUGCAAUUGUUCUUAAGUUCAUCGAAACCUGUUCUCAGAUUUGCUGCUGUUCGAACACUUAAUAAGGUUGCAUCAACUCAUCCUUUGGCUGUCACCAAUUGUAACAUAGAUAUGGAGAGUUUAAUAUCUGAUCAGAACAGGAGCAUUGCUACCCUUGCAAUUACAACACUACUUAAGACAGGCAAUGAAUCAAGUGUUGAUCGCUUAAUGAAGCAGAUGACCAAUUUUAUGUCGGACAUUGCCGAUGAAUUCAAGAUUGUUGUCGUAGAGGCCAUAAGAUCCUUGUGCUUGAAGUUCCCCCUAAAAUAUCGGUCACUGAUGAACUUUUUGAGUAAUAUCCUACGGGAAGAGGGUGGCUUUGAGUACAAGAAGGCUAUUGUUGAUUCAAUUAUCAUACUCAUUAGAGAUAUUCCUGAUGCAAAAGAAAGUGGUUUAUUUCACUUGUGUGAAUUCAUUGAAGAUUGUGAGUUCACUUAUAUGUCUACUCAGAUACUUCACUUUUUGGGAAAUGAAGGUCCAAAGACAUCAGAUCCUAGUAAAUACAUACGUUAUAUAUAUAACAGAGUGAUACUUGAAAAUGCUACUGUUCGAGCUAGUGCUGUAAGUACUUUGGCAAAGUUCGGUGCAUUGGUUGACUCACUCAAGCCUCGAAUUUUUGUCCUUCUGAGACGCUGCCUGUUUGAUGGUGAUGAUGAGGUGCGUGACAGGGCCACGCUUUAUCUCAAAUUGCUUGGCGGGGAAGCUACAGUUGGUGAAACUGAGAAGGAUGUGAAUGAAUUUCUCUUUGGUUCAUUUGAUAUUCCACUAGUUAACCUGGAGACUAGCCUACAAAACUAUGAACCAUCAGAGGCACCUUUUGAUAUUUCAUCUGUAUCUUUGGAAACUAAAUCACAACCUCUUGCUGAGAAAAAGACUACGGGCAAAAAGCCAACAGGCCCAGCAUCUGCUCUCAGCGGUCCAGUUCCUACUGUUGAUGCCUCAUAUGAGAAGCUUCUUUCAUCCAUUCCUGAGUUUGCUGGUUUUGGAAAACUCUUUAAGUCAUCAGCUCCUGUAGAAUUGACCGAAGCUGAAACUGAAUAUUCAGUCAAUGUUGUGAAGCACAUUUAUGACGGGCAUGUUGUGCUCCAAUACAAUUGUACCAAUACUAUACCUGAACAGCUGCUUGAAGAGGUGGUGGUUUUUGUGGAUGCUUCUGAGGCCGAUGAAUUUUCAGAAGUUGCAACGAAAUCAUUAAGAUCCUUACCUUAUGAUUCACCAGGACAAACCUUUGUGGCUUUUGAAAAGCUAGAAGGUGUCCUUGCUACUGGGAAGUUCUCAAAUAUACUGAAAUUUAUUGUUAAAGAGGUUGAUCCAUCCACAGGUGAAGCUGAUGAUGAUGGCGUUGAGGAUGAGUACCAGCUUGAAGAUCUGGAAAUUACUUCUGCUGAUUAUAUGUUGAAGGUUGGAGUUUCUAACUUCAGAAAUGCUUGGGAAAGCAUGGAUCCAGAAAGCGAGCGGGUUGAUGAGUAUGGGCUUGGCGCCAGGGAAAGCCUGGCUGAGGCUGUGAGUGCUGUCAUAGGCAUCCUUGGCAUGCAGCCCUGCGAGGGAACUGAUGUGGUCCCAAGCAAUUCGAGGUCACACACUUGCCUGCUAUCUGGUGUGUUUAUCGGCAAUGUGAAAGUUUUAGUGAGGCUGUCAUUCGGACUUAGCGGACCGAAGGAAGUGGCCAUGAAGCUAGCAGUCAGAUCAGAUGAUCCUGAGAUCAGUGACAAGAUCCAUGAAAUCGUUGCAAAUGGCUAAAUCUGAUGAAGAGGGUCACCCCUUUUUUGACCUUUUUGUUUUUGGCUUUCACGCCAUGGAAAGCUCAACGGAAUUUGAUUAAUUCUAUGAUGAUAGUACAUGUAAGCUUGGUUUUCCGUUGGAUACAUGUGUUGUUGCACUCGCACCCCAUCAUUUGAAAACAAGGCAUAUAACAAUUUUUGAUUGAUUUGGAACCACAUCAUCAAUUCCUUUAUAUAUCAAGGAUUUGACUAGUACAUGCAAUAAUAUAUAGAUGAAGUUAUAUCAA